GCCUUUUCACUGUAGAGGAAGACAGUUCACGUCUGUCCACAUUCUGCGGCUUUUUCGGUUCGGUCUCUCGGUCGGUGGAAGAGCGAGACCUCUCACAGGAGGUGGAGUUCGCCGUGCUUAAGCUACGCGGGACCAGUCGUCUCUUGUGAUGUUAACAGAGAGCUGAAAAGACAGCCCUGCUUGCUCCGAUACAUGACAGCGUACACAAGUCAUGGAGCUCCACAGAUCCUUGAGCUUGUGGAUAUUGUGUUUGUGUCUCGUUGGAGAAAGUUGGACUGAAAAGCCAAGUUCACCUACACCGGUGGACAGUCAACUUGCUGAAAAUGGAAUGCCAGAUUUUUGUCGCAUUGAUGAGCCACUAUGCAAGGAUGAAAAUGCCUUUCUCACCUUUGAAGCUAUCCGUAAUAUCCAUAAGCAGAUGGAUGAUGAUGCAAACGGCAAUGUAGACGUCCUAGAGACAGAUGGCUUCCUGAGAGAAGAUUUAAACUACCAUGACCCCAAGGCCAAACAUAACAGCUUCCAUGGGGAUGACCAGUUCAUCAGUGUGGAGGACUUGUGGAAUUCAUGGAAGGGCUCUGCAGUGUAUAAUUGGACAGUGGACGAGGUGGUGGAAUGGCUCAUCAACUAUGUGGAGCUGCCACAGUAUGUGGAUGCAUUUCGCAAGAUGAAUUUCAAUGGAAGUGCCAUGCCAAGGCUUGCUGUAAAGAACACCACUCUGACACUCUCUAUUCUGAAGAUUUUGGAUCGAAGCCAUGUGCAAAAGUUGCAGCUCAAAUCGUUGGACACCGUACUCUUUGGAGCACCACUGAUGAAUAGACAUAACCACUUGAAGGACUUCAUGCUGGUCGUGUCAAUAGUCAUAGGCAUGGGUGGAUGCUGGUUUGCCUACAUCCAGAACCGCUACUCUAAGGACCAUAUGAAGAAGAUGAUGAAGGACCUAGAGGGCCUGCAGAGAGCUGAGCAGAGUCUGCAUGACCUACAAAAGAAGUUGCAGAUUGCCCAGGAGGAGCAUCGAACAGUUGAAGUAGAGAAGGUAAAUCUUGAGCAGAAGCUGAGGGAUGAGAUAAACGCUGCUAAGCAGGAGGCCCAACGAUUGAGAGAGCUGCGUGAAGGCACAGAGAAUGAGCUGAGUCGCCAAAAGUAUGCAGAAGAAGAGCUCGAACAGGUGCGCAUGGCAUUGAAGAAGGCGGAGAAGGAGUUGGAGUCACGGAGUAGCUGGUCGCCACCAGAGUCUCUACAGAAAUGGCUGCAGCUCACCCAUGAGGUGGAAGUGCAGUACUACAACAUCAAGAAGCAAAAUGCUGAACGGCAACUCCUGGUGGCCAAAGAAGGGGCAGAGAAGAUAAAGAAAAAGAGGAACACUCUCUUCGGGACUUUCCAUGUGGCUCACAGCUCCUCCCUGGAUGAUGUGGACCACAAAAUAUUAGCAGCAAAACAAGCCCUUGGCGAGGUGACCGCUGCUCUGCGAGAGAGGCUGCAUCGCUGGCAGCAGAUAGAGAUCCUAACGGGUUUUACCAUCGUCAACAAUCCAGGCCUCCCCUCACUGGCCUCGGCCCUCAACCUCGACCCCACUUUCAUGGGCGGCAGAGCUACACCUCAGCACUUCAUCAUGUCUGACGACAUGGACGACAUGGACGAGGAUAUCGUACCCGGAACUCUGUCAUCUCCCAGUAUGAUGUCUCUGCGCCAACGCCACAUUGAUCCCCAGCUGGCCCUGGGCUCCCAGAGGUUGGUAGAGAGUUGCCUGUUGGCGGGGCAGCAGGGCGAGGGAACCCCCUACCAUUCGAGGCCUAGGGCUACCUUCAGACAUUCACGCAGCCACUCGUUUGGGCAGCUCGAUUGUCUCCCUCUGCCUCCCCUCUCCUCGGCCGUUUCUCACCCGUCCAUAAUCUUUACUUCCAGCCAAAUUCCUCAGUCGUCAUCAUCCUUAUCCUCAUCUUCCUCCUGCUUACCCAGCUCUGUGGGUGGCAGUGCAACCCCUCAUUCCCAUGCAUACCAUGCUUCUUUCCAGCCCAUGGAUCCUAUUCCUGAUUUGUCAUUCUCAGAUGUCUCCAAAGUGCACUCCUUGUGCAGCGACAGUUUCGGGGAUCUAAAUCGCUCCGACUCAGACUCCUCUUUGUCCCUUUCACAAGUUGGUGAUCGGCUGUCUGCCUGCAGCUCCAAAGGCCACUUAAUCAAGCCCACUUCUCUCGUGCACGGCCUGUCCAACCGGGCAGAUGAUGCCGUCUCACUGCAUGCUCACACCCCCAAUGGAGGGAACCGUGUUUAUGAGGGAGGUCCCGACAGCCCCAUACUCAUGAAGAAGGUGUACAGCCUGGGAGAGAUCAACAGUCUGUCCGAGUCAUCUCGCUCACUCAGCCCAAACUCCACUGAACCUGACACACCAUCACCAACAGGAGGGCAGGUAGGAGUGGUGGGAGCUAAAGCCAACAGCCGCAUCCCACAGCUGUCCUCCAAGAAGAGCCCCCUAGAGGAAGAUAGUGGUUCAACAGGAGAAGACACAGAUUCAGCUGCCAGCCGUAAGAAACAUACCUUCAAGAUCUUCAAAAAACAGAGGAAAUAAAAACUAAAUGAACUAUGGGCUACCAAAGCUGUCUGACUGUAUUCCUCUGUCUGACCUGUUUUUGUUUUUGUUAUGUUUUUUAGUUUCUAGUUUUGGGGGUUCAUUAAUGGUCACAUGAUGGCAAGAUUUUUUGUCAUUGAAUCUUUUUGUAGGUUACAACACCUACUUUGAGAGACUGUGGACUGUUUUACCCAGCUUUAUCUGCUUAUACUUGGUCAAUGUUGAGUAUGUGGGAAAUGGGCAGGUUUGUAUUUUGGAAUGUAAAGUGUUAUUUAUUCUGCAGGAACUUGUGCCAGUGUCAAAGGGAAAUAUGUCUCCCACUUGUUGUUUCCUUUUUUUCCUUCUUGUUCUACAAUCUAUAACAUUUUGCAUGUCUUCACUUUUGUUUGACAGAUACUCGAAUGCUCUUAGUGUUUGCUUGGUUCUUGUUGUUAACCUGCUUAGACAACACUUGUUUCUUUUAUUACUAUCAAAACACCUACAAGUCCAAAGUGAAUGCGCACUCCUGACUAUUUUCUUUUUAUUGAUGGGUACACUUUGUCUGUUUUCUUUUUGUUGUCUUGUUUGCGGCAAAAAUGACACAUUCAGGGGAUCUUCAAAUACAAGAGGUGUAUUAGAAUGCUCCUGUAUAUUACCUUUGGCUGUAAAAACAAAUGUUGUGUGUUGCUAUUUGAACUCAGUAUAUUACGAUGCCUUCUUAGGGCCAUUCUAGGUAAUAAUAAUAAAAAAAUAAUAAAAAAGGAUCAGGGAGGGGGUGAUACUCUGAAAAAGAAAAAAUCCUAACUUUUAUGAGAUCUUAGAUGGAAAAUUUAUUUUUUAAAUGAAUGCAAAAAAACCCCAAAAACUAUAGUCUCACAUUGAAGUCACAAAUAUACAAAAUAAAAAUGUUCCUCUUUUUGUAAAGCAAUCUCAUCACACUAGAUGGUGCUUUGCCUCUAUUAUUCCUACUGACAUUAUUCAGAUGCAGUCAGCAACUAUCUGGGAGCCCAUAAUAUCACAUUAAGUAUUGCUGUUUAUUGGGUUAUUCAGAAGAAAUAUACUGAUUUGCAUGAGAUGCUUUUGUGUAACAGUUAUUCUUGCAUCACGCCUCAACUUGGCCAUUUUCUGUUUAGCAAUAGAAACCACAUUUUUAAAAAGAUAAAAUAAAAGAUAAUUAUUAAGGGUUUUAAUGUUUUUCUCAGAAUAUUAAUCGGAUAUCUUUUUUCCACAUAGAACAGCCCUAAUAAGCUGUCCUAGUGUAUCAGCAUUAACUGCUGGGUCUAAAUGUAUUUGUAUUGCACCCUAGAGGUAAAUUCUUGCAAAGUAUCUAAAGGACCAGCAUCAGACCUUUUGCAGUUUUGAGUUUUAGUGCGUUUGAAAAAUGGGAGAGUGAAGAAUGUCUCUUCUAUCUCUUGGCUGAAAUAUCCAGCUUAUCUUAAGGACUAUCACUGAUUACACUGGGGGUUUACACACACCCUCACUGAACCAUACGGUUAUCAGGUGUUUGAAGACUAAACAUGUCUAGGGUGUAUAUAGAAAUAAAAAGAUUUAUUAGGCAAGAAAUUACCAAGAUGUUUGAAGUGGCAGCCAUGAAAUGCAAUGGUAUCUUUAGGUAUUUAAUUUUAAAGUUAGGAUACACAUUGUGAAAAGAAAAUGCUAGAGAUGCUUGCUUUCUACACCUGUAUAUCAUAAGAAAAUGUACACCUUUGGGUUUGUUUUGUAAGAAUAGCCCCUUGAAGGUUAACCAGGAUCCCACAAUUUUCACGUAAUGUGGAUUGGGCUAUGCGGUCCUGUCUUUUAGUUUUAUUUUUUUGUUUGUCUUUUUAGUGGACAUUAAAAGAUCCACAGCAGUUUUUUAGUGAGGAUUGGUUGUUGGUAAGGGCUAUAAUUAAGGAAAGUCUUUUGCUCUGUACAAGACUGAAAAUUUAAAGUUGUAACCACUUCUGGUUAACGUUUUAUGGAGGCAGGAAGUCAAUCAUGUAAAAGUGCCAAAUUGUGAUUUCUGUCAGAGGCCUUUGUAUUUGUAGUGUGUUCUAAACCUUGAGCCCCUUUUGCACAGAAGACAAAAGUGCAUGAUGUAUACAGUAAUGUAUAUUCAAAGAUGAACUGCUGAAUGUCCGAGGGUAUUUCCUGUAACAGUAUGAUCAGUACCGUAUGUUUACAUUUGUAACAAAUAAUUAUUAUUCUCAGAUAAGUACAACAACAAAAAAAUACCUUGUGCCAGUUUUAAUGUUGAUUGCUUCAUUUGAGCACAAAACUAUGCAUCUAGUUGUAGGUGAUUACUAAAGUAGUAGGGACGCCAGUACACUUAGGGUGCUCCUGAUCAACGAACAACCAAAAAGUGCUGCAGAAGACACAAGAAGUCUCCCCCAGCUUCAUAAUGUAACAGGUGGUUUGGAUUUAUAAGACACGUUUAAAUAUUUUAUUUAAACAAAUAAGACGAGCUUAAAAAAAAUAACAAUUUCCUACUGGUACUUUUUUAAAGUGUCAUUUGUACCUUUUUUGCACGACAGAGCUGUAAAUUGGUUAUGGCAUCUGAAUGUGUGAGUGUGUCUGUCUGCUCCCGGUAUAAUGCACUGUAACGUUGAUGCAUGUCAACUGUCAUAACGAAACCUAUAUUGGGUUAAAAGAGUGGAUCAGCUUAAGCUCUUAAGUCCUUCACCCUACUUUUCUCCUUGUCUUUAUUUUGAGCUUCUAUUUAUGAAAACCUACAGUAUAUUUGUGCAGGGAAAAAAAUCAUUUUGCAUCUAAUGUUGUGGUCUAAACUUUGAUGGCACUCCUGCAUGAAAGCAAUAAACUAUUUUGAAUGAAA